AUGAGGCUAAUCGACACAGAGACAGGGCAAUUCCGCGUCGUCAUAAAUCAUUUUCAAGUGCCGUAUGCCAUCAUCAGUCAUACAUGGGACCCUCAGGGAGAGCAGUCCUAUCAAGACCCGUCGAUCUCCCGCACUGUCCUCUCAGAUACAAGGCUGUCCAAAAAGCUUCGUGAAGCCUGCGCUCUCUGCCGGGAAGGAGGCUACAGGUACCUAUGGUUCGACGCAUGCUGCAUCGACAAGACGAGCAGCUCCGAGCUCUCGGAGGCGAUCAACUCGAUGUACCUGUGGUACCAACACUCGGCGAUGUGCUUCGCACUCCUCAGCGACGUGAGCGGCAUCGAGGAUAUCUGUGCGCCCGAUUCAGACUUCCGCCAAAGCAAAUGGUUUACCAGGGGAUGGACGCUCCAAGAGCUGCUUGCACCCAAUCUCCUCAUUUUUGUCUCCUGGGACUGGCAGUUCAUCGGUACCAAGGGUACGUUGGGGACACUCCUCUCCGAAAUCACACAGAUAGAUCCGGAAUACCUGCGGCACAUCUCGGACGUCCGGUCGGCAAGCGUCGCCCAACGGAUGUCGUGGGCAGCGUUUCGCACGACCACACGUGAAGAGGACGAGGCGUACUGUCUUCUGGGCCUGUUCGGGAUCAACAUGCCGACGUUAUACGGUGAGGGGCGGCAUGCGUUCAUCCGUCUGCAGGAGGAGAUCCUGAAGCAGCAGUACGACCAGAGCAUCUUCGCGUGGAGUGUCCUCUCACUGCUUGAA